UUGCCAACCGUAGAAGAAGGUGAUGCCAACAACGAUUCAAUCGACGAGGAACAAUAUGGUAAUCCGGAUAAAUUGUCAGAAAAAGGACGUGAGCGAAUCAAGGAACAAGUUGACAAUGCUCUUUCUGCUGGUGCAGAGAAAGCAGAAGUAUUUGUCGAAACUGAUGCAAUUUUUAUUGUUUGUAAGGUUCACAAACUGUUAGGAGUCUGCGAUUGCUCUAAAAUUGACUUUCUUAGGUCAAAAUUUACAUUCUUCCGAGCACAAGCCUCCAACUCUUUUCUCUAAUUAGCUAAAAAUGUUUUUCAAUGAAAAUUAAAGUUCAUAAUAUAAGCAGAUUCCUAACAGUUAGAACCAUUUUUUGUUUCUUUUUUGUUCUUUUCAAUAAAUUUUUGUUAAAAAAAUGUGUUUUUGAUUUGAAAAAAGUUGGGAAAAAUGAUCAAAAAAUGGUGAAAAAUUGGUGGGAAAAAAGUUGAAAAAUUGACCAAAAAAUGGUGAAAAUUUUUUUGGUGCAUUUUUAGUCAAUUUUUGUUCAAAAUUUUUUGACCAAAAAUUGACCAAUUUUUGGUCAAACUCCCAGGACCAGUGAUUUUCAAAAAAAAUUUUUUUUUCUAUACGAAAAUUGUGAAACAGUGGUUUUUUCAUAAUUUUUUGGUACUUCGAAAAUGAAAUAUUUGUAUUGGGACAUGGUCCUUGGGUCAUGAAAAAAUUUUUUUAAUUUGAAAAAGUGGGCGGGGCUUAUUUUUCAGUUUAAAGCUGAAAACACUAAAAAAAUCAAAAAAUUCAAAAUUUACUAAAAACUUUCUGGUUUUUUUCAGAUGACUUCUAGUUUAUUUUUGAAUGUUUUUGACAAUAAAAAACACACAAAAUUCUCAGAUAACUGACGAUUUUCAGCUAUUUUUUAUCGAAAAUCUGCAAUUAUGUGUUUAUUUUUUUGAUAUUUCAAGCCGGAAAAAAGCUGAAAAUUGUCAGCUAUCUGAAAAUUUGAAGUGUUUUUCAUCAUCAAAAGCAUUAAAAAAUCAUCUAGAAAAAAACCAGAAAGUUUUUGGUGAAUUUUGAAUUUUUGAAUUUUUUAGUGUUUUCAGCUCUAAACUGAAAAAUAAGCCCCCCCACUUUUUUUUCAAAUUGAAAAAAAUUUUUUCAUGACCCAAGGACCAUGUCCCAAUACAAAUAUUUCAUUUUCGAAGUACCCAAAAAUUAUGAAAAAAACCACUGUUUCACAAUUUUCGUAUAGAAAAAAAAAAUUUUUUUGAAAAUGGAGCGAGCCGCUCGAGCCGCUCGAGCGGCUCGCUCGCUCGAGCGCCUCAGCGGCUUGAGCGGCUUGGUGGCUCGAGCGCCUAAGCCGCUGAGGCGCUCGAGCGGCUCCAUGCUCGAGCGGCUUAGCGAGCGAGCGGCUCGCUCGGCUCGUGAGCCGCUUCAAGCCGCUCAAUGACGAGCGGCUGGAGGGGUAUAACAAAUAUUAUUCAAAAAAUUACGAGAUGUUCCUGUUAGAUUUACGAUAAUAAUCCCAAAGGUAUCCAAAUUUUCUGAUCUUCUCCCUUCUUAAUACCAAAAAAAAUCACGAGUUCUCAUCACAUUUCCACGAAAAAAAACCGAACUUAAUUUGAAUGAGCACAUUCUUUGAGAUUUAUGGCGUUCCUUUUUUCCCAAGUCAAAGAUCAAAUCUUUCUUGUGGUCUCAUGAUUCUUUCGCUUUUUUUCCCUAGAUGGUCCCGUGGUUCCGAAGAAAAAAAACAAACGAAAUAACAAAAACAGGAAAAGAUGAUAGAGCGGUUUGUGUCAAAAUAUUUUUUGUGGUCAAAGAACAAAUCUUGGCUGAAAAAAGUUUAGGAAAAAACAAAAACAAAAAAAUUUGAUUUUUCUGAAACUUGUCUGAAAACAAUGAAAAACUUCUAGGUUUCAAUGAUGGCUGAAGAAAUCGAAAGGAGAUUUCCUGAACUAAAUGUGAUGCUUUGUAAUUGCGGAGUGUUGUUUCCUCGUCGACUCGAAACAAAAGAUGGAUUCGAAUCAACUUUCCAAGUCAAUUAUCUUGCACAUUAUCUUCUUUCAAAUCUUCUCAUUCCAAUCUUAACUCAAAAUCAUGCAAAUAUUAUAAUGAUUGGAAGUGUUUUACAUACUUGGUAAGAGCAGCUUUUUGGAUUAAAUGAAUGACACAAAAAGAAGUGGGCAACCUAAACAAAAUGCAACAGAUUUUAUGUAUUUUUUCCAAUUCUCAAGAGACAACUCGCACCGGAAACGGAAGUUGCUAACUUUUCGAGUUUUUUUUUUGAAAAAAAAAUGGAAAGAAAAAUUAUGUUAUUUUUAGUUCCAAAGAAAUUAUGACCAAGAAUUGGAAGUACCAAUUUUCAGGCCAAGUCUAGAUUGGUCUGAUGUGAUGGCCGAAAAAGACUACGAAAAAUACCUGCAAUACUCAAGAUCAAAACUGAUGUGUCAUUUGUUGGCUUUCGCUUUACACAGAAGGUAUUUCUAGAAAAAAGCCAACAUAAAUAAAUAAAACUAAUUUUCAGAAUGAAUAUUGCUCGUCAACCAGUUAAUGUAAAUAUAAUCGAAUUGGGCAAAGAAAAAGAGCCAAAUAAUAAUGGAAAAUUAAGAACAACAUCUGCAUUAUCUUCAUCAAUGUCGACUUUAUCUAUCUGUAGACAAGCCGGGAAUUUGGCACAAUUAAUUGAGGGACCGUGUCUUGAAAAAAUAUCUGGAAAAUAUUUGGAUCCUAAUGGAAAACAAAUGAGGUAAGUGACCAAACCUAAAACAACCUCACGUCGUGCCACCACACAAAUUCGAGGAGACGCAGACAUUCAUUUUCGGUUAGAAAGUCGCUGCGAGACCUCAGCACAUCAAAGGGCGACGCCGAUGUGGUCUAUAAACGCAGCGACAGACGAAAAAGCGGCGCGGCCAUGCGCUAUGUUUUGUGUGUGUGUCUGCUUGUCUGCUGUGUCUGCCAACAGCACACUGUAUCGCCCGAGGGGGAAGGAAAGGCGAGAGAUGUCUCUGCCUGUGUUAAAAGUCUGCGUCUCCCAGAAAUUUAAUUUUUGUAUCGGCUGGCAUAGCGUGACCUAUCUGAGAAAUAAACGCUUCUAAUUUCAGAAGUGGUUCGGAGGCAACAGAUGAACGACUACAAGAGAAACUCUGGACAUAUUCCAAAGAAUUGUGCGAGAAAUAUUUGUAA